CCCCUCUCGCCAUCCUCGCGGCAUUCCACAGCUGACGGACUCUGGAGGAUGAGAGAGGGAUGCUAAGGAAAUGUUUUCCUUCAGCACAUAAAACGGGCUCCCGUUCACCCCAGCAGACAGCAGAAUGUGACUGAAAUAUCUCCGGCGAAGACCGUCAACCAGGUGAUGCCAGUAGACUGGUAUGGACAGAUACCAACGGUUACAGUGGAUAAAUUCAGGAUCGUAAACUGUUGAAACAGGAAGUAAACAUCUGCUAAAUGCAUCAAUAUAUACUGAAGACGGACUCCGCUGUUGACCUUUAGACCACGUCACACCUGCCAUCAAUAUGUUAGGUUAAGAAAGUCUGAAGUCUUUGACACCGCCGUGAGUGUUUCCCCAGAAGACAAGGCUUUUGUUUUGCUGGACUGUUGAAGAGGCUUUCAGCAAGAUGUUCACCGCUCUGAAGAAGCUGGUUGGCUCUGAAGCAGGGCAGCUCAGGGAUAGAAAUAUUCCUGCCGGCCUGCAGUCCAUGAACCAGAGUCUUCAGAGGCGUUUCGCCAAGGGCGUGCAAUAUAACAUGAAAAUAGUCAUCCGUGGGGACAGAAACACGGGUAAAAGUGCACUUUGGCACCGGCUUCAAGGGAAAAAGUUUCUGGAAGAGUACAUCCCCACGCAGGAGAUCCAGGUCACCAGCAUUCACUGGAACUACAAAACAACCGAUGAUGUAGUGAAAGUUGAAGUCUGGGAUGUGGUAGAUAAAGGGCAAAAGCUUCCUCUUCCAGAAGGUGUAGGGAAAGGGAAAAGACGCGGAGAGAAUCUGAAACUGGAAAAUGAACCUCAGGAGACGGAAACCGAGAUGGCUCUCGACGCAGAGUUCCUGGAUGUUUAUAAGAACUGUAACGGUGUGAUCCUGAUGUUCGACAUCACCAAACAGUGGACAUUCAACUACAUCCUUAGGGAGUUGCCAAAAGUGCCGACACACGUCCCUGUGUGUGUGCUGGGUAACCAGCGGGACAUGGGCGAGCACAGGGUCAUCUUACCCGACGACAUCAGAGACUUCAUCAACAGUCUGAACAGACCGCCGGGCUCCUCCUACAUCCACUAUGCCGAGUCCUCCAUGAGAAACGGCUUUGGUCUCAAAUACCUCCAUCGCUUCUUCAACAUCCCAUUCCUGCAGCUGCAGAGGGAGACUCUGUUACGGCAACUGGAGACAAAUCAGCUUGACAUCGAUGCCGUGCUAGAAGAGCUGAGUGUUCAGCAGGAGACAGAGGACCAGAACUAUGACAUAUUUCUUGAGAUGGUAGAGGCACGCAAAGCUUAUGGCUCUCCGGCGCCCUCUAAUGGCCAGAGCCCAUCCUCGGGCUCCCAGUCCCCUGUGGUGCUGCCCGGUGCCUCCUCUCCCAGUAACUCCAGCCCCAGUACCCCUCAGGCGCCCGUCCCGCUCCAGACCCAAUCCGCCCCUCCACCACCACCAUCUAUACCACACCCUCCCGCACAGACCACAGCUGCCCAUGUUCCCCAGACACCAUCACAAACACCUCCUCCUGCCCAGAAACGACUCACCACCUCACCCCUGGAGCCGCCGCUGCACAGUCAUUACAGAGACCAGUGGACUGACAGACACACGCUCAGCUCUGCACCACAAAGCAGUUGGCUUAUUGCAUGCAUUCAUCUUUUAUCUUCAUCAGAAUCUAUGGGCUCUGAAGACCCAAAGCCCUCUGGAAAGGUGCAGAGUGUGGAUGACUUUGUGCCGGAGGUGGGCAUGGAACGGACUUUUCUGGAAGAUGGUAGAACAGCAGUUAAAUCAAAGAACAAACCUCCAGCAUCAGCUCCCAUCCUGGACAGUGAUAGUGAUGGAGAGGGACGGGGAAAUCCUUUGGUCUCCGGCUUCCAGGAUGAUUUAGAUCCGGAUGACAGAGCGCUGUCCCAGCCUGCCGUUAAAGCGGCGGUCCCGAGCAUAGGCGUCACACUCACGAGUGAUGAAGAGGAGGAAGAUUCAUCUCUGCCCUCUGCUGCCCAGCACAAAGCCAUCGGCUCGGGCCCAAACUCAAAGGGAUCUACAGUGAAUUCUUUCAAACAGCUGCAAACCAAGUCUAGACCAGCUGAGAGACCCCAAAGCCUGAAAACCCCAGCAGGAGCUGCAGUGCAGCGACUGAAGACAGGAGGCGCUGUCGAGGCCGACUCAGAUGCUCAGCAGACGAUUUCAUUUGUCAUGGACGACCCUGAUUUUGAGAACGAAGAUUUUGACCGAGCCAAGAUCAAGAAGGGCACUUUUUCUGUACGAGAUGACUUAUCUGACCGGUCGGAUGCGGAAUUAAUAUUCGAUGCUGGACUCCCAGAGCCCUCCAAACCUGCUGCCCCCUCAUUAAAGACCCUCAACAGUGACAUUGACCUGUUCGGCCUGGGAUUUGAAGAGACGACACCUAAGAGUAAAGACACCAGUGAAGACCAGGAAGACAAUGAAAGCAGACACUCCACAAAGGACAAGAAAAAGAAGAAAAAGAAAAUCAAAGAGGAGGAGGAGAAAAGCAGCAAGAAACGACACAAACAAAAGAAAAAGGAAAAGGAUGAGGCGGGAACAGGAGAUGAGAAAGAAAAGAAGAAGAAGAAAUCUUCAAGGACCAAGAAAGCGGGAGCUGUGGACGAUCUUGAGGCCUUCCUGGCAGGUGGAGACGGACCAGGAAACAGUGAGGGCGGAGACUAUGAAGAACUCUAACCAAUCAGGGUUUGACAUCCACACCGUGUGACAUCGCCAGGUCAUUCUCCAAUCCAUUCCACCUGUUUUUCAGUGCCUAACCUUUUGAGUUUUCACAGCGUUUUAUUCUUCCAGCAUUGCAGCUUUAUAAAUUGGUACAUGGCACCGUUGUUCACCUCAUGCCGUUUUCCAGGAUUUUCAGACAUAUAACUUUUAGAUGCAUUUUCAAAUGAUCCCGAGUUUAUUCCGUUAUUAACUGAUUAGAACUCUAAGUCCUUCCACAAAGAUUUGAAGUAAUUUUAGCUUUGUUGGUUUUGUUUUGUUUGUGUCUUUGUCAGUGUGUGUAUAUAUAUAUGUCCCUGAACAUUUUGGCAGCUCUGUGUGUGCUUGCAUUUUAUUUAGCAAGCAUAUAGAGGGAUUAAUCAGACUUACAUUCAAAUCUACGUAACAUACAUGAGCAGAGCUAAUUUCUGUCAAAUAUUCAAAGAACUAUUAACAUAUAAUUGAACAUUUCUGCUCGCGUUUGUAAACCGUUCUUGUAUAAAUUGUCUCUUGCAAUUCUGUCCAACAAUUAAUACAAGAACGGAUUUCAUGAACAGUUUGCACAGAAAUUAAUUUCUCAUGUGCUUCGUGAACGAGACCUGACAUGUUGUGACAUUCAUUGUCUUCCAGACGCUGCAUCAUAAAUCAAACCUUAGGAAAAAUAAUCAGUUGUAACAAGAUUUAAUACCAUAAGCCUCUUUCGCCAUCAGUUUCUUUCCAUUAAUGCCUUAAAUUGUUUUACACCUAACAAAAUGAAAGCCUUUAUAGAGCAAUCCUAUAAAGUUAGUUCAUGACUGAGGCUCUGACAGACUGCUAACAUUGACAGAAUUACUUUGAGCUAAAGAGACACACUCUUGCAGCAAUCGCAGUCACGUUUGCAAUUAGAUAUAUAAUUAUAAUUAUGACAAAGUUAGUCAGAUUGUCUUUUUGGCAAUUAUUUAUGCAGUUAUUAAACCAGUAUUAUUAUUUAUGAUCUUAAAAUGUGUUAAAUGUUAUAGUUUUAUAAUGAUCAUGGUCAAAAUUCUUCCUCUCAUGGUCUGUUUGUGAUGUCCUGUAUGCUAAAUGUAUUCAUUUCCUUCGCUGUGUAUCUUUAUUUUUGUUAUGGCUUGUGUACAUGUUAGUAGUUGUGUUAAGAUCUUGAGUUUUAGAUAGUUGGAUCCGUACACUCCAGAUAAUUUCAGAGUUGGACAACCAGGAACAUUGUCUCUAAACCUGUGAUGUUGAGGCACCUUGAACAUCCUUUGUGUAUAGCCAACAUAUUCAGAGCCUGACCGUGCAUAAAAAUAAGUAAAUGUCAUACAUUUUAGCAACUGCCUAAAUUACUAAAUGCAACUAAACAGAGCUGAGCUAAAAAUAUUUUCCCUCAUAUUUACAUUUGUUUUGGUGACCUAAAGCAAAGAAAGUUGAGUUUUAGUAAAAUUUCCAAAAAAAAAAAAGGACAAUUAUGUAAAUGUAAUAUUUCUUGAGUAUAAGAUAGUGAAAGUAAAUUGAUAUUUUGAAUGCACACAUUUAUACUUUGUAAUAUCAACAUAAAAUUGAAUAAUAUUUUGGCUUUCAAUGAUCCAUUAAUAUUUUGAUGAAUGAAAGUUAUAUAGACAAAUGAUUGUUUACUCGUCAUUCAUGAAUCUGCAUCAGAAUUGUUUUCUUUAAUGGUUGCAUCAAAUUGAGAGUGAAAUGACCGUUUACUGUACGCUUAAACGAUUCAGGCUACGUUUACACGAUAACAAUGUAGUCAAAAACGGAAAAGUUUUUCCCUUGUGUUUUUAAAACGUUUCAUGCAUACAUGACAACGUUUUAAAAAGAUUCACGUUUACACAUAUCUGCAAAAACGGUCAAAAACUGUACUACGUUACAGUUUUUGGCACUGUCACCUUGUUAGUAAACAGUACCUGUAGGGAAGUGACGAUUAUAUGCUGUAUAUGAUGCGUCUCCGCUGUUGGUUGUACUAUCGGUGAAGUAAAUCCACACUUUGCUGAUGAAGCGUUAGCAAACUCUUGAGCAGCGACAACAGUAUCAUGUACUCCGCCAUUCCCGUUAAGGGUGUUUACAAGGAAACAAUAACGUGGCGUUUUCAAAAAUACGUGUUUUCAGUCCCCAAAACGCUGUUGUCGUGUAAACAAACAGGCAAAACGCAUAAAACGUUUCCUGUUUUUGGCUGAAAAAACUUCUUAGUUCAACUGUUUCAUCAAAUUGAAUGUAUAAGGACUAUUUACGUACAGUUUUACCAAUGAUUAAUUUUAUUUGUAUUUCAUGAACGAAUCCUACUGUUUACUUGCAAUGCCCCCUUUAUGCUUUUUCAUUAGCAUUUGUCACAUAUUGAUUAAUGAUUAGUAAAUAAUUUCCGUUGUUCGUAUUUCAAUCGUUGCAUCAAAUUGAAUGUGAAAUGAGCUUUUAUGCAAGAACGAAUUUACCAAUGCUUCACGUCACUUGUGUGUCAUGAAUGAAUCCCAUUGUUUACUUGCAAUGCAAUCCCAUUGUUUUUUUUGUUUUUUUUGCUUAUGUUUUCAUCAUAGAUUGAUAAAUAACCAAAUAAUUUCAGGCUGGAAUAUGUUAUUCUAAUGAACUAUAAAGUCAUGGAAUCUGAUUGGCUCCUGCUUAAGUGGAAGAAUGACAUCAUGCAUAGUGUUGUGCACUACAGACCCUCAUCAUUUCAAAUGGAUUUUCUAUUUUUCAGUUUUUAUUACUGGGACAAAAUGACAAUGUACUUUCUGCCUAACAUAAGCAGGACUUGUUUUUGGUUUGAUGGUACUAUGAACAUUCACCUUGGCAUCCACCUUUGAACUUUUGUUUGUUUCGGUCCAAGAUGUCCAUCUGUCCGUUUGUAGACUGUCCCGCUACGGCUUUCCCUCAGGAUACGCCAUCACCCUGUUGACAACUGAAUGUUGAUUCCCGCUUGUAAAGAUGUUUUCCCAGAAUCCUCCAAGGAAUUCAAGGACAUCGCUGGGGCGAAUAGCCGUUAACUAACGGUACGUUUAAAGAAGUGCAGAUUCCCGUGUGUCUCUUGCGGCAGUCGUCUGCAUCUCUUAGGUGGCUGCAGAUGGAUCCACACGCACCGCUGAGAGCAUGUGAUGCAUCACACUGUCACCAUGGAAGCACACGCCUGGGAAAACCAUCUCACGCUCACUGUGAUAAAUAGUCACGCUCUCAGCUGUUAAUACUGUCAACCCCAAACCAGCAGAAGUCUGCACCUCGAACACAUAUCAACUUCCUCUUUACUCUGGGCCCUUGAUUUAUUUAUUUAUCUGUUUGUUUGGCAUGCAUAUUUUUUCCCACCGUACGAGAAAAGGAGACUGGAAAUGAAUGCAUUGGUGCUGCACUAUAGCUCUUGCUGGCUGUUGGACUGCAUGCAAUUACCAACAUACUUCCUGCACAGCGUUUCACAACGACUGCUUUCAUGGACCGGAAAUGUUUGGGAAUGCUAUUUUUAUUUAAUUCAUACAGCAUAUAUGCAUUCCAAAGCCUUUGUUUGGGACCAUAAAUGAUUAUGUUUGCCUAUUUAUUGUUUUUGUUACCCUGUUUCACUACCCUUAGUAUUCAUAUUUGAUUUAUGUGUUUCAGUUGUGUAAUAAAUGCUAGAGUAAUUUGACAAGG